UCGGGUUCGGUGUUCAGUCAACGCGUUCUAUCUCACACAUACGCAGCUACGCACUUAUUCGUUAUUUAAGAUGCGUGGAUCUACCAUAACUUUAGCAGUGUUGGCUGCAAUUGCCUUCCUAUAUCAGACCGAAGCAGCGGCAAUCGAUGAAUCACCAUCAACUGCAACAUUAGAUGAGUCAAAAUCCGAUGGUGCAGCAAAUCUUUUGGAUGUCGAUGCGGGCGGUGAACAUGGCAACGAUGCACCGAGAGCGGCUCGUCAGUAUGGCUACGGCUGGUCAUAUGGUUGGGGUCAUCCAUGGAGCUACUAUAGUAGCUCCUGGGGCCGUCCAUGGGGUGGCUACGGUUGGGGCGCAUGGGGUGGUUAUGGAGGUGGUUGGGGCCGUCCAUGGAACUACUGGGGCUAAGUAAACAUAUUUAUUUUUGAAAUUUGCUAUUUUCACUAAUUAAUUGGCUUUUGGUUAAGAAAUAUGAAACAAGAAAAUGAUUUUUGAUUUCGUUAAUUUUAUACUUUAAGGAUUUGUGUUGAGAUGUGAGAGAUGCAAAUGUGUACUUUAAUAAAAAUUCUUCGAAUUGGUAGACCUUUUUAAAGAUAUGCACAAUUUGUGGUAAAUUAA